GCUGCAGAGAGGAGCUGCUUACUGCAUCGCGGGGGAGGAAGUAUAGAGCAGGAAAAAGAAAAAAGAGGACGGGAAAGAAGAAAAGACAACCUGAGAGCUCUCCAUAUCACACCACACAUCCGGGCUGGGAUAGCGCGGGGGAAUACCGGGUGGACGGUGUGAGAGAGGACGCGCGCGCUCUGUCGGAUCCCCGCGGCUUUAUUUAUUUAUUUAUUUAUUUUAUAAAUCCUCCACCACCGUGUGUACCUCCGCCUCUUUCUUUUGGAUGGAUCUAACCUACAAGUUCUCGGGUUCCAGUAAACAGGGCGUUGAGCUUCACGUUGCAAACUGAUCGCCGAGACAUUUGAGACAUUUUAAAACGCGGUAAAAAUGGAUACCGAGAAUGCAUACCGAGAGAGAACUUCUCUUGCCCGCGGUGCUCGAGAUAUCGCCAAAGAAGCCAAGCGUCACGCCGUCAAAAAAGUCAACAAAGCCAUAGACCGGGCGUCAGACGAGUACUCGGGCCGCACGUACCACCGCUUUGAAAACGACGAGGACGAAGAAGGUGGAGACGACGACCGCUACUACUACCAGGACGGUCAGGCGCAGCAACACGAGGAUGAUGAAGGGUCCAGCGACGCCACCGAAGGCCAUGAUGACGAAGACGAGAUCUACGAAGGCGAGUACCAGGGCGUGCCCGGAGCUGGGGACGGACAGGUGGCGCUGGGGAGGCCGGUCGCUGAUGGGACGAAGGACAGGAAACAGCUGGAGAAAGAGCGAGAGGCGGAGGAGGAGGAGCUAGCACAGCAGUAUGAGCUGAUCAUCCAGGAGUGCGGACACGGACGAUUCCAGUGGCAGCUCUUCUUCGUGCUGGGGUUGGCGCUCAUGUCCGACGGGGUGGAGGUGUUCGUGGUGGGGUUUGUGUUGCCUAGCGCCGAGACGGACAUGUGUGUGCCCAACUCUGGGGCGGGGUGGCUGGGUAGUAUUGUGUACCUGGGGAUGAUGGUGGGAGCAUUUUUCUGGGGCGGUUUGUCGGAUAAAGUGGGCCGGAGGCAGUGUUUGUUGGUGUGUAUGUCCGUGAACGGCUUCUUCGCCUUCCUGUCCUCGUUCGUACAGGGCUACAGCACGUUCCUCUUCUGCAGGAUGCUCUCGGGAUUCGGGAUCGGCGGGGCCGUGCCUAUCGUGUUCUCGUACUUCGCCGAGUUCCUGGCGAGGGAGAAACGCGGCGAACAUCUGAGCUGGCUCUGUAUGUUCUGGAUGAUAGGCGGCAUCUAUGCUUCAGCCAUGGCUUGGGCCAUCAUCCCACACUACGGCUGGAGCUUCAGCAUGGGCUCAGCGUAUCAGUUCCACAGCUGGAGAGUGUUUGUGGUCGUCUGUGCGCUCCCGUGCGUCUGCGCAGUCGUCUCUCUUACUUUCAUGCCAGAAAGUCCACGCUACUUCCUGGAGACGGGGAAACACGAUGAGGCAUGGAUGGUGUUGAAACAGAUCCACGACACCAACAUGCGAGCACGAGGAGAGCCCGAGAAAGUUUUUACUGUGAACCGUAUAAAGAUCCCUAAGCAGUUGGAUGAGUUUGUUGAGAUGCAGUCCGAGUCGGCGAACCCUGCGGCUAAAGUCCUUUUCCGAAUCAGGAGCGAACUCCGCGGAAUUUGGCUAACAUUCCUAAAAUGCUGGGAUUACCCCGUGAAAGACAAUACGGUGAAGCUGGCUAUAGUGUGGUUCUCUCUGUCUUUUGGGUACUACGGUCUUUCGGUCUGGUUUCCUGACGUCAUCAAGCACCUUCAAGCGGACGAGUACGCAGCGAGGGUGAAGAUCCACAACACCGAGCGCAUCGAGGACUUCACUUUUAACUUCACGCUGGAGAACCAGGUGCACAACAACGGGUCCUUCAUCAAUGACAGGUUCAUCGGCAUGAAGUUUAAAUCGGUCACUUUCAAAGACUCCAUCUUCCAGAACUGCUUCUUCGAGGACGUCACCUCGCUCGGGACUUACUUCAAGAACUGCACCAUCCUGGACACGUUCUUCUAUAAUACUGAUAUCGAUGAUUCAAAAUUUAUCGGCUCGUCUGUGAUCAACAGCACGUUUGCGCACAAUAAGACGGGCUGCCAGAUCACAUUCGAUGACGACUACAGCGCCUACUGGGUGUACUUCAUCAACUUCCUAGGGACUCUUGCUGUGUUGCCCGGCAACAUAGUCUCCGCCCUCCUGAUGGACAAAGUCGGGCGGUUGAGCAUGUUGGGAGGCUCGAUGGUUCUGUCCGGUAUUAGUUGUUUCUUCCUGUGGUUCGGCACCAGCGAGUCGAUGAUGAUCGCCAUGCUCUGCCUCUACAACGGACUCAGCAUAUCCGCCUGGAACUCUCUGGAUGUAGUCACAGCCGAGCUGUAUCCCACUGACCGGAGGGGUACCGGAUUCGGGUUCUGUAACGCUAUGUGCAAGCUAGCGGCCGUGUUGGGGAACCUGAUCUUCGGCUCAUUGGUGGGCAUCACCAAAGCCAUUCCCAUCCUCCUGGCAUCGGCCGUCCUGGUGGGCGGUGGCUUAGUGGGACUCCGGCUCCCAGACACGCGUGCCAACGUCCUGAUGUGACCCCUGACCUCUCACCCCUUCCCUCCAACCAGAGAGUUGCCACAGAAACGAGAAGGACACUCCGGGUUGGGGCAGCUGCAACAGGCUACAACAUCGUCUGAUUAUUCAUCGAGUCGUAUGCGCAGUGUUAGAUUGUUUAGAUAUUUAUUGGUUUAAAGCUGCAGUAUGUAACAUCUGGAGACCUCUCUGGUGGAAAUAUUUUACUGCAGGCAAAAAAAAAAAAAAAAAACUGAUAGCACUGUUUCGAGGCCUAGUGUUAUUUGGGGUGAUUCUGGCUUCGCAACAGCAUCACUGAUAGCAGCUCAACCUUCUUUAGUGCCUAAUAUAUUGGCGUCAAUUUGCGAUGAUGUAUAAAUCUUUAAAAAACAUAAAUAAACCUCAAAACUGACCCGACAGCACAGACUUUCCAAAAUUGUAAGAUUUUCGUUUCUUUUUCUCUUCCUACUCAGUAAAUCUACCGUCUUUCAUUUUGAGAAAAAGUUACUUACUGCAGCUUUAAUCUAAAUUCAUAUUUAAUGAUAUUUAUUGACAUUAAAAUCCUAUUUAAAAAAAACAAAACAUAAUUUUGACCAAAUACUGCAAAAAAAAAAAUGCCUUAGCUGAGCUAUCAUAAAUGGAACUGUGCCAAAAGUAGAAGCUAAGUCAUCAGAUUAUUUAUUUAUUUAUUUAUUUAUUUUUAUUGUUAAUUUUUCGUUUAUUAUGGACGAUGUUUAAGCCUUCACACCUGAGACGAUCUGAGGCCAUAGAAAAUUAACAGCAGCUACUCCAGCUAGUCAGAAUUCCUCCUGACCUCUGCUAGGAACAGAAAAGAACUUUUUUGUGACUAUUUUAAAGCAGCGAUAAGGCUUUUGUCUUCGUUCUUGUCUUUGUGAACCGUGUGGUUUAAUCUACGCUUAUUUGCAAGGGCUUUGCUUUGUAGUAUUUGUAGUUUUUUUUUUUUUUUUCUGUCUGUCUUCCCGUCUCUCUGUUCGUUUGCUCCCGGACCCCGAGUUUGCAUGUACGUCCGAGCGUGUGUACGUGUGUGACGGCCCUUGCUACGCUGCUACGCUGUCGUGUUUCUCUCUCAUGCUGCUGUGUGUUCGGUCUCCUCUAAUCACGGAAUGGCCUUUCUUUCUCUCGACACCGUGCCUCGCCUCUUUCCGCUAACUUUUCAUCGGUGAACUGCUGUAUGCCUGCUGCACGUCAGUGUUUCAUCCCGCUCUGUGUGUGUGUGUUUGUGUGUGUCUGAAUAUUCUGCCGGCUCUUCCACCUGUAAGGAACUCAACUACGAUCGGACUAGAACUAGACGUGUUUUUUGAUUGACAUGUGAUCAUGAAGGCUUGGUCAGUGCAGUGUGUGUGUGUGUGUGUGUGUGUGUGUGUGUGUGAAUUUCCUGCCUGCUCUUCCACCUGUAAGGAACUACAAUCAACUACAAUUGGACCAGAACUAGACGUGUUUCUUGAUUGAUAGGUCAUGUGAUCAUGAAGCCUCAGCCACAGGAACCAUUUUCUCCACCACGGUUCCAGGAACCUUUUACAUGAACUGUGUUCCAGGAACCAUCAGGGUGGAGGUUGACAUACCGGUAGCCGCCGAGGUCAAUACAAAACUGACCCGACUGCUCGGAUUAUCCAAAACUGCAUGCUUUUAGUUCCUCUUCUGACUCAAUAACACUUUGCAGUAAAAAAAAAAAUAGAGCAGAAAGUUACUUACUGCAGCUUUAAUCUGAAGUUAGUUUAAAUUUUGUUCAAAAAAUCCACUGCAAAACAAACAGCUGAAUCAAACAGUGUCCAAAGCACAAGCCACGUCAUCAUCUGGCUGUCAACCUCUGACCUAACCUCAAACUUAGUGCCAUCUUGUAUAGUAGACUACCAGUCCACCUGCACACACCUGACCUGACCAGACUGGACCGGACCCAUGUUUUCACUCCUACACCCGGCUGCUAUUGUGUUUGGGUCAAAUGUUUCAUGUGCCAUACAAACCAAUACAGGGUUUUUUUCCCUUAUGUUUUCUUCUUUGAUGAGUGAGUGUUAAAUAUAAAUCUGUUGUAUAUAGUGGUUGUAUUGUUGUUGUUGUUUUUUGUUUUCUUGUUGUUAUUUACUUUUAAUUUUAUUUAGGAUUCCAGUGGAUAAAAGUCUCCCCUCUAGUGGUGAUUGAAACUUCCAUUUCCAUUUCUAUUGCACAAACAAGUGACCUGGACAUCCAGACAGGAGUUAUUUUAAUAGUUAGACCAGGAAAAAAAAGGUGUGUUGAUGUGGUGAAGGUGUGUGUGUGGAUAGUGGGGUAUGUGGUGAAGGUGUGUGUGUGGAUAGUGGGGUAUGUGGUGAAGGUGUGUGUGUGGAUAGUGGGGUAUGUGGUGAAGGUGUGUGUGUGGAUAGUGGGGUAUGUGGUGAAGGUGUGCAUGUGUGUGUGUGGAUAGUGGGGUAUGUGGUGAAGGUGUGUGUGUGUGGAUAGUGGGGUAUGUGGUGAAGGUGUGUGUGUGUGUGUGGAUAGUGGGGUAUGUGGUGAAGGUGUGUGUGUGUGUGUGUGUGGAUUCUUCCAGGUGGUUUGUUUCACCUGCAUUAAAGCGACUAGAUCACUGCAGAAGGGGAGUUUUGAUUCAUCCAUGUUGGCAGCUCAACACCAUCCAUCCUCCAUCCUCUUUAUUUUCUUCCUCUACUGCUGAACAAACACAAAAACAACGCAGCUCUCAAACUAAUAAUAACAACAACAAUGAUAAGAACUUUAAUGUCAUCUUUAAACUGGCUUUUGCAUGCGCGUGACGGAGAUUUCUCUUUGUGUUUCGGCUUAACGUGUGUCGUGUUCCAAAAAAAAAUGAAGAAGAAGAAGAGUAUGAUUUUCCGGUGAUUUCUUGUGUAUGAUGUCUGACGUAUGAUGUGACUGAGACCCUCGGGAUGUUGGGGCUCAGCUUCUAUAGAGUUUAUUAAAUGUCUGUAAAGUCUUCGGCCAAAUAUUUGCUAUGGAUAUGAUUUAUUCUGAAGAGAGAGAGAGAAACGUGGUCGGUCGAGUGGAUUCGGGUUCGGAUCCGGAUGUACUGAAAUUAAAAGGCUCUAUAAGAAAAAACAUGGUCCGGUUGCUUUG